AUGAAGACAUUAGAAAAACAAUGCCCUGUUUUAUACUACAAAGGUCAAGAUGAGAAUGAUUGGAACGGAGAACAAGGAUUAUAUAGUAUUGUAACUGUUGAUGAAUUUGGAUCAGGUUGUCCAGUUGCGUUCUGUUUGUCAAAUCGAUCUGAUGAGGUAAUUUUCCAAUUAUAUUUCAAUACAAUUAAGCAUAAAGUAGGCGUGAUCAAUUGCAAUGUAUUUAUAACAGAUGAUGCUCCUGCGUUUUAUAAUGCAUGGGUUUCUGUUAUGGGAUCUGUUGAACACAGACUAUUGUGUACAUGGCAUGUUGACAGAAACUGGCAACAAAAUCUAUGUAAAAUCAGUGGUGGACCUGAAAAAAAAGCACUAGUUUACAAGACAUUAAGAAUUCUUUUACAAACCACAUCUGUAGAACAAUUUUCUAGUUACCUCCAAAAUGUCAUAAGAGAUUUGAAGGAUGAUGAUGAUACUAAUAGGUUUGGAAUGUACUUUGAAAAAUAUUAUUCAAAGCGGCCAGAAGUUUGGGCUUAUUGUUUUAGGUUGAGGCUUGGGAUAAAUACAAAUAUGUAUUUGGAAUCUUUUCACAAAAUAUUGAAGCAUAUAUAUUUGGAAGGGAAAAGAGUAAAGCGUUUAGAUAAAACUAUUCAUGCCCUCAUGAAAUUUUCUCGAGAUAGUCUUUACAAGCGAUUGAUCAAAUUAUCAAAAUAUGUUCCAACUGAAAAAGUUCAAAAAGUCUGCCUAAGUCAUAACAUCAGUGAAACAAUCAAACUGGAACAAAUUAAAAUUUUGGAAAACGAGAAAGGGUACAUAAUACACUCAUUAUCAAAUCCUUCCCAACAGUAUUAUAUAAUUAAAGUUGGUGAAACAUGUACACAUCCAGCAUGUUUAAAAUGUAAAAAAUGCAAAAUUUGCAUUCAUACUUACCACUGUUCUUGUAUUGACAAUGUCAUCAAAGCAAAUAUUUGUAAGCAUAUACAUGCUUGUGCUCAAGAACAGAAAAUCCUAAUUGAUAUGAAUACAACUUACACAAAUCACCACAAAAAUGAUCAAAAUUUAAAAAUAAAAAAUCAAGCAGAAAUUAUUUUGGGUCUAAGUGGAACAAAUUCAUUAAGUGAUAUAAAUAGAAUACAGAUAGAAAAAAAAUUAAGUGAAGUUAUUACACUCAUGAAUGAAGGAGAAAAAAUAAAACUUACGCCAGUUGAUGAUAUCAAUAUUACAAAAAAAAUUGAUCGUCAGAUUCGCCUCUACUCAACUAAAAAGAAAAGCAGUCAUAAAACUCAAAUAUCAAAACCUUCGAUAAAUGAAACUAAUGCAAUACUAUCUGGAUUUGAAGAUGUUAAUAGUGAGAGUGCCCAUGUUCACUGUGCAUUUGAUCAUUCAUAUGAUACAAUUUAA